AUGGCGCCGAACAACGCCCUGGGCGGCCCCACGGCGGCGGGUCUCCGCGAGGCGGCGGAGACCCAAGGCGUUCCCGCCGUGCGCACCGGGACGAGGGUGAGCUCCCCAGCCCCGGUGGCGUCCACUCGAGUCGCGACCGCGGAUGGCUUCGGCGCCGGCAUGGUCUCGUCAGCAGAGGUGGCGGCCCGCGGCACCGGCUCCGCGGCCCGCACACCGCUGGAGGAGUUCGAGGCGAGGCCGAACAACGAGGUCCGUUGCUUCUUCACGGGGCUGAUGUUCGUCACCCGCCUGCCAUGCCCAGGCUGGUGCGACCAUCACCCAGGCUAUCUGAUGCGUGGGAUGGCAUGGUUCCCCGUGCUGGGGUGCAUCGUCGGCCUCUGGGCGUCGGUCUGGUUCGACGCCCUGGCGCUCCUCUGGCCGCCGCUGGCCGCAGCAGCAUCCACCAGCGCCGCGACGCUGUGGCUGACCGGCUGCUUCCACGAAGACGGCCUCUGCGACACUAUCGACGCGUUUGGAGGCGGCUGGACGAAGUCCCAGAUCUUGCGGAUCAUGAAGGACUCGCGGUGCGGCUCGUACGCGGUGAUGGCCGGCUCCCUGUGGGCCCUCGCCAAGGUGAUCCUUCUCGGCUACCUCGGGCCGUCACACUGGGCCCUUGCGGGCAGCACAGGUGCCGGCCCUGCGUUGCUGGUGGCGAACUGCGUCGCUCGCGCGACGGCGGCCCCGCUGAUCUACUGCUGCGAGUACGUCGUCGACGACGAGGAUGCCAAGGGCGAGUACUACAACUGGUUCGCCGAGUCGCGCAGGCUGCUCGGCCUCCCGCGGACGGCGUUCGCGGUCGUGUCCGCCACGGCGGUCGCCUUCGUGCUCCAGCCGCCGGGGCACGCCGCGCGGGCGGUUGCCGCGGGCUGCGGCGUGACCGUCGCCGCUGGCAUGUAUGGCAAUUCGGUCCUCGGCGGCGUCAUGGGCGACUUCUUGGGCGCGACCAUCUGCAUGGCGGAGCUGGCCGUGUAUUUUGCCCUCACCGCCAACCUCGAGGGGCUCGCCGCCGCCGGCCUGGCGGGCUGGCCUGCCGCUGCCGGCCCGUGGUUCCGGCUAGCCGCGCUUGUGGCGGCGCCGCAGGCCUACGCCCACCUCGUGCGCGGGCCGCUGGCGGCGAUGCAGGGCGCGGAUUGUUGA